AUGGAUUCUGACGAUAGAGAUACCCGUACACCCGAACAGGAAAUAGCACGUAUGUUUCGAGUAUAUCGUACGGUUCACGAAAUGGUUAUUGACAGGGGCUAUAUUAUCAAUAGCGAUGCAUAUAAUGAUAUCGAGUAUUUUAGAGAUCGUUGUGUUAAGAACGGCAUAAUUCACAAGGAAUCAAUGAUGUUUCAAGUUCAAAAGAAUGACAAUCCCAAUGAGCAAUUGUUAGUUGUUUUCCCAGAUGAGAAACCAGUGGGUGUUAAUCUAUGUCAAAAAAUGUUGGAUCAAAAGGUUUCUCGAGGCAUUGUAGUAUUUCCGGGUACUUUGACAUCUUCUGCUAAUAAGGCCAUACAAGUGAUCAACACUAAAGAGAAUAGGAAUUACGAAAUCGAUACUUUUUCAGAGGCGGAUCUAAUGGUCAACAUUACCCAACACCAAUUGGUGCCGCAACAUUAUGUUCUCUCUGAGGAAGAAAAGAAGACUUUACUUAAUAAAUAUAGACUGAAAGAGACACAAUUACCACGCAUUCAGAUCACUGAUCCAGUCGCGAAAUAUUAUGGGUUGAAAAGAGGACAGGUAGUCAAGAUUAUGAGACCUAGUGAAACUAGCGGGCGAUAUGUAACUUACCGCCUUUGCUUUUAA